CUGACCACAGCCAGGGACCACAUCCCACUGCCUGCCCAGUGUCCAUCCAUGGAGGUGACCACCGUGUUCCCAUCUCCUGCCUCACCCACUGAAGAGGACGAUCUCUGUGAGAUAGAUGUCACCAACGUGGCCAUACACAGUGUGGCACUGCUCAUCUGCCUCUGUGGGCUGGCUGGCAACGGGGCUGUCCUUUGGUUCCUCAGCCUGGAAAGCCGUAACUCUGCCAUCUUUAUCCUGGCUCUUGCUGACUUCCUCUUCCUUCUCUUCACUGUCCCCUCUGCUCUCCUCUUCCUGGUGGAGGAUGUGUCCUGCUCUAUUAUCCUACCCCUGACAUACGUGAGCUUCGUUUUCCAGCUGUCAGUGGUCUCCUUCUACUGGGGUCUGCACAGGCUGACACUCAGCAGUGAUGCGGUCAGUGUGUACGACCUCUGCGACCACUACUGCUGCUGUGACAUUCCCAAGCGCCUGUGGUUGGUGGUGGUCAGUGUCCAGUACUGGGCCUUCUUUGCUCUCUUCACUCUCAUUCCCGUGCUGACAUCCCUGUGCCCAUUCCACAAGCAGGGGCACUGCCGGGCAGCUCUCAUCUACAUCUACACCAUCAUCCUGCUCCUCUUUGCUGCACCCAUGGCCAUUUACAGCACGAUCAACAUCAUCAAGGCCUGCUUUGGCUCCAAGAAGCAGCAACCCAAGAGGAGGGACAACAUUAUCUCCCUCGUUGUGUUCCUCACUCUGCUCCUCGGCCUCUUCAAUUUCCUGCUGCAGUUCAGUUAUUCUCUUGUGUCCUCCCAGGUUCUUUUCCUGCUCACCUGCAUCCACAGCACCAUCAAACCCUUCAUCUAUUUCUUGGCAGGGAGGUGCUGGAGUCCCUGCUCCAUGGGGUCCCUCCGGCUCUCCCUCCAGAGGGUCUUUGAUGAGAGGGAAGACAAAACUGCCCACAGAAGUGAGGCCAACGCAGACACAGUGGUCUGAGCCUGUUGAUCCCUUCCACUGCGUGGCUGAAGGACCCCAGGACAGUGACUGAGAGAUGCCUGGAGUCACCUGAUGAAUAAACAUCCACAGUGUCACCCUCCCUUUGCUGGUGUGUCCUCCAUCCACUUUCCAGGCUGCACUGGGAUCUGAUAAAUGAUUGUGUGGCCUCGGCCUUGAGGAGCAGCCCCUGGGCUCAGCUCCUCUGCAGCUCAUCAGAAACACCCUCUGCUCCCAGGAACUGCAGCUGUACGACGACCUCCUGGGUUUUAUGGACAGCCUUGGAAAUUAUUUCACUUCCCUGAUUGGCACAACAUCCCUGUUCUCACACUUGCACUGAAAGUUGCCAGCCCUAAGUGUGGCCAGGAUGAAACGUGGCUGUGACUGAAGCCCAUCCCUUGGGGCCCUGUAAACAGUGAUCCAAAAGGAGACCCUUGGAGCUCUCCUGGCCCCAGCAGCGCUGACCAGAACCUCCCUGGGAGUGGGGCCUCUCCCAGCCGGGAUCUCUCCCCUUUGCUGCCCUCGGGUGAUCCCCGAACGCCGACGGGUCCUGGGCCGAUCCCGCCCUGCUCCAGGCUCAGCCCUUGGCACAGUGAGGAGAUGCAAACGGAUCCACAGUGAGCAUUUCCCUGCCUCCGAGGGGAAUUUCUCACAGGGACCUUGCACUGACUCUGUCUGUGUGCACACACGGGUGCAUCUGCCAUGGCAAAUGUGGCAGCAAUGCUGCUCCCUCAGGCGUUUCAGUGCCUGAGA